AUGAUUAGAAGGGCCAACCACAAAAUAUAUUUUUAUUGUUUACAUAUUUCCAGGCAGUCAGAACGCAGUAUACAUGAGAUGCUGAAGGAUACUCCACCGCUGCGGGAAUCCAGUGAUUCCAUCACAUCUGGCACAGAGCCCAACUUCCCUGCUUCACGCUCUAUGACAUUCCCACCAGCCUAUGCGCCACCGGAUGUUUCAGCGGGCGCGGGCGCAGGCUCGUUGCUCCGCGCGGGAGGUUCGCGUCUCGACUCACUGCGUUCCUGGUCGCUCUCCACAUACAAAUGCACUAAGCAGCUGCUCUACGAGAAACUCGGGAAGACCUCACGCACUGUAGAUACUGAGUUGGAGGCGCAAAUCGAAGCGCUUCGGGAAACGCAGCGCAAAUACGCGGGAGUACUGCGGUUGAGUUGCGCGUUGACAGCGCAGUUGGCGGCCGCAGCGGCCACGCAGCGACAGCUCGGCGACGCAUUCGCGGAGCUCGCGCAACGCUCGCCCGAGCUGCAGACACAGUUCCUGUACAACGCGGACACACAGCGCGCGCUGACGCGGCACGGCGACACGUUGCUCGCGGCGCUGCACUUCUUCAACAACUCGCUGAACACGCUCACCAACAAAACUAUGGAAGACACGCUGCUCACCAUACGACAAUACGAGGCGGCCAGGGUGGAAUAUGACGCGUAUCGCAGUGAACUGGAAGCGCGCGGCGGAAAUCCGCCAUCUUUGCUGUUGGCAAGUAUCGAGCGACAGCGGCGCGCCUACGAGCGGCUGCGGGACGACUCCGCCGUCAAACUGGCGCUGCUACACGAAAACAGGGUUAAAGUGAUGAACAAGCAACUUCUCCUGUUCCACAACGCCGUAUCGGCGUACUUCAGCGGCAACGGCGCGGCGCUGGAGGCCGCCGUGAAGCACUUCAGCAUCCACGCGCCGGCGCCGCUGCCCCCCCUCCCCACCCUGCCGCCGCCGCCCGCCGCGCCCACCCCGCCCAAUGCACCCACCGAGCCCACAUCGCCGAGGUCUGCAUAA